UACAAGCGAGCGCGCGCACACACAUACACACAAACACACUCGCACAAAAUUUGAUGCUAUUAGUGAAAAACAAAAAAAAAAAAAAAACACUCGUUCGCAACUUGUUAUCGUAAAAAACGUACCUACGUAUCUACUUAUGAAUAUAAUUAGGUGAUUACUUGUAUGUUUAACGUACGUUUGUUAUAUCCGUGUCCGUGCAUAAUAUAUUUUAUUAUUGUACGGUCAUAUAUCCAAACGUGCUUAUCGAAAACCAACAGAAAUUUUAAACGGCAGGCGGCACGGCUAUCUGAAUAAGGUAAGGCCACUACCGGUGUUUCGUUCAUCGUCACGCGUUCAGGCCGUAGUUCACGUUUAGUAGUCAAGUGCCGUUGAAUCAACAUUGAGUAACAAGGAAAAAAAAUUAUACAUUUACUGCGAAUAUGUUGAAAAUCGGAUUUUUCGGUGCCGGCAAAAUGGCUCAGGCGUUGGCCAAAGGCUUCUUGACAGCCGGUCUCGUCAAAGGAGAAAACAUCACAGCCAGCUGCGCUCCACAAGACACGCAGUGCGUGAAAGCUUUCGAGGAAUUCGGAUCGAAGGUGACUUUCGACAACCGGUCGGUGGUCGACAACGCCGACGUCCUACUGUUGGCUGUCAAACCGUCCGUGGUCAAGACGGUGCUGGACCAGAUCCGUCCGAAUUUCACGUCCAGCAGACACCUGCUGCUGUCCGUUGCCAUGGGUGUCACCGUAGAUCAGCUGGAAAAGCUCUUACCGGACGACUCGAGGGUAAUGCGAGUAAUGCCCAACACGCCUGCGUUGGUUCAGUGUGGUGCUUCCGUGUACGUACCAGGUAAUCGGGCGACGGAUGAAGACGAGAAGCUGACGGCAAAACUUUUGUCGUCCGUGGGCACAGCGGAGCGUGUGCAAGAGUACUUGAUGGAUCCGAUCACUGCGCUCAGCGGUUCCGGUCCGGCAUAUGUAUACGUUAUUAUCGAAGCGCUGGCCGAUGGUGCCGUUCGCAUGGGCGUGCCUAGAGACAUGGCUUAUAGAUUGGCGUCGCAGACUGUUCUGGGCGCGGGGACAAUGGUUCGAGAUACCCAAGAACAUCCUGGAAAACUCAAAGAUGACGUUACUUCACCAGCGGGUUCCACGGCAGCCGGUCUCUGUGCUCUAGAAAACGGUGGCCUAAGGUAUACAAUUAUCGACGCUUUGGAAAAAGCUACCGCAAAAUGUAAGGAAACAUCAAAGGCGCUUUAAAAAAAUUGACUGUGGUAAAAAUUUAUAUUUAAUGUAAUAUCUAGUCUAAUUGUCUACGCCUUUUUCAAAUGAUUUAACUGUUUAAAUUUGUAUCAUAAUUAUUCAUUA